AUGCCACCCAAGAAACAAAGUUCACACUGUAAUACUUUGCAAACUAACGAAAAAAUACUUAAUAUUGAAAGCUCUUCCAAUGAUGACCUUCCAAAAACAGACCAUGGAAUUAAAAGAGGGAGAAAAUUUAAGAGAAAUAUACAAAAGUCCCCCAUUUUAGAAACAAAAAAUAUAACUGAAUUAAGGAUUAUUAGGGAGGAUACUUCUGACAAUGAGGCAAUUUAUAUUCAGCAGAUGCAAAACGAAGGUUCAAACAAUAUAUUCUAUCCAGAAAGGUCUCAACAAGAAGUCCCAUCAUAUAAUUUUGUUAAGGAGUCAACAAAUGUACACCAUGCCAAUUGCUAUAAUGGUGUUACAUACUUUGAAAACAAACAGUAUCUUAAUGAUAUUAGUGUUGGGGAUUAUUAUAAUUGUUCUGGCGAAACUUUUCCACCCUGGUUUAAUCCAAGAAUAGUCCAAAAUAUGUCACAUAAAGAAAAAGUAAAUAAAUGGAUCGAAGAUAUUCCAAUUUUUGAGGGAGGAAAUGGAGCUUGGCUCUCCAAUUGUUUCGAUUAUGAUUAUUCUCUUGAUUGGGAAGAAGAAGAAUUUGAAAAUUUUUGUAAGAAAUCUGGCGUUCAAAUCUCUUUAGUAUCUCAAGAAGACUUAUUACAAUUACAAUCCAGGAAAUUGGAUGUACUGGUAAGAGCUUUUUAUGAACAAGAAAAAGAAGUUGCCAAUUGGGAUUAUAAUACAAGUUUCCCAGAUAAAAAUUAG